AUGGAAUAUAAUUGCGGCGAUGGAUCUUCAUCGCCUUCGGCGGCGCAGAUGGUGGUCGAGGAGCUCAGGAAGGAGCUGGAGCAUGAGCGGCUGCUGCGGCGCAGGGCAGAGGGCGAGAGCAGGGCGCUGGCCCGGGAGCUGGCGGAGGAGCGGCAAGCGAGGGGGCGGCUGGAGGAGGAGCUCGAGAGGAAGCGAGCGGAGGCGGAGCGAGCCGAGAGGGAGAUGGAGGAGGAGCGGCGGAUGCUGCAGAUCGCCGAGCUGUGGCGGGAGGAGCGCGUGCAGAUCAAGCUGCUCGAGGCCAAGGUCGCCAUGGAGGAGAAGCUGCAGCAGAUGGUGAUGAUGAAUGCGACGGCAUCUGACGGGCAGCGCCGAGCGGCGACUAAAGUCAAAGUCAACGAGUGUAAAAGUCAAUGCGGCGGACAGGCGAAGAAGGAGGCCGUGGAGAACCCGCACAUUCGGAGAGGGAUUAGAGGCCACGUGGAGUUUCCGAAGGUGGUGAGGACGGCGACCCAACACAAGGGCGGCGGCGGCGGCGGCUGGAAGGGGGACAUAUCGAACGAGGCAAACUUGGAGUGCCAGAGGGCUCAGCUCCGCGUGCUGAUGCGGCAUAAGAACGUAAAUGGAGGAGCCUUUGGAACUUCCAUCAAUUUUGUCAGUUGA